AAUCACCUCUGGGUUUUUUAUUUUUUCUUAAACCAAAAACCACUGAAAAUUGUGAAAAAAAAAAGAAGUUUUUUUUUCUUAGAUUUUGUUAUAAAAUUUUGUAAAUAAGUGAUUUUUCUCCUUCACUGAUGUGCGCUAAUGAGGCUGCAGUGAUGGGCACUGAUGAGGAGGCACUGAUGUGCACUGAUAUGUGGCAUUGAUGUGCACUGGUAGGCACUGAUAUGUGGCACUGUGGGCACUGGCAGG